CUCAGUCACAUGACAAAUCGAUCACCUGCUCUGGUUCAGGGUUGUCUGUCUGUAGCAAGAUUCUUGAUUCUUGUCAACCGACCAAGCCCUAGAUUUCUUUUCAACUUACUCAGCAAACUGUAGAAGUUGGUGCAAAGUGUUUGUGUAAGUAGUGUAAAAGUUGGACACUUUUAAACCAUGGCAUACUCAAUGAAGCAGACUCUUGGUUACAUAUUCUCUACCGGAAUGUCCCUUCUCAUCAUUGGAGUCAUAUUGUCUUAUGUACUUACUGGUAAAGGGGAAAGAUUAAGUAUAGGGUGGUUCCUCGAAUCCACUUCACCCUAUAUGUGGGCUACUCUUGGAAUUGGUUUAGCAGUCUCUCUAUCUGUGGUCGGAGCUGCUCUUGGUAUCCAUACAACUGGAGUGAGUAUUGUAGGGGCUGGUGUAAAGGCUCCAAGAAUCAAAACCAAGAACCUCAUUUCUGUCAUCUUCUGUGAAGCUGUAGCUAUCUAUGGACUUAUCACUGCAAUUGUACUCUCAGGCAUCUUAGAACAGUUCACCUAUGAGAAAGCGAUGACCGACAAAAAUAUCAAGGAGAUGAAUUGGAUGGCUGGUCAUGUACUCUUCGGAGCCGGAGCAAGUGUCGGGUUGGUCAACCUAUUCUGCGGGAUGGCAGUUGGAGUUGUUGGUUCAGGCGCUGCCCUUGCUGAUGCUGCCAAUGCUGUUCUCUUUGUAAAAAUCCUCAUCAUUGAGAUUUUUGGAAGUGCAAUUGGUUUGUUUGGACUAAUUGUGGGCAUCUACAUGGUUUCCAAGGUUAGAAUGGGUGACAAACCAUAAAUCAGAAAACACUGGAGAGUUGAACAAGGCCCAUCACAUGCACUGUCAAAGCAUGGAAGACUACAUUAGGCCAUAUGAAACAAGCAGAAUCAUCAAGCUCAUAGUCCCUUAAUUCUCCUGUUAAAAAUUAAAGACAAAUAUGAUCAUAACUUCUUACUGUUCAUGUUGUUAAUACUGUGUUAUUGUUUGAUACUACUUUUUAAUAGUUGUGUAUAGAUAUUUUUAAUAGCCUUCUAAGUAGCCUUAAAAAUUUCUGUUUGGUUUAUAAGAUAAGAUUGUUAUUUUAAAUUUGUACUUAUAAAAUAUAUUCAUGAAUCGAAUUUCAUUCAAAAAGAAUUCUUUUGUUAAAUCAAUGUUUUAACUUAGUUUAGUACAAGUCUUUCCAAACAUUUUAAGUAGACUACAAUAUUUGAUUUGAUUAAAAUAAUUAUUUUCAGUAGUCAAUUGUAAAAUGUAGAUUAAUGUAACCUGAGGGUGAAGUGGUGUUAUAUGUAAAUACAACUUAAGAACAAAAUAAACCUUUAUUUCGUAA